GUGUGGCAAUUUCUUCAUCAAGUCUCAGUCAGUUUUGGGAACCUGGACAGAGGACGAUGUGGUCUCACUAUGGCUUUGUCCUUGUUGUGGUCGUUUUAGCUAACUUUGGCGUCCCCUUUUAUGCGGGAGGAGCCAACGUCACUCAAUCAGAUCGAGAUGGAAAAUUGCUUUCGCUUUUCAAUGUGGUCCGAUUUCAGAACUCCGAGUGUGAGGCAACUUCCUCAAGAAAAGGAAUUUGCUAUACGGAGGCCGAAUGUUCAAGCAGACAGGGAAGUGCCUCUGGCUCAUGUGCCAAUGGAUUCGGAGUCUGCUGUUUAUUCUCUCUUAACUGCGGAGGAACGUCCUCGGAAAGUUGUGCUUAUCUCGUUCAAUCAGGGAGUAAUAUUCCCAGUCCUUGCACUUACACAAUUUGCAAGAGCCAUCCGAGUAUCUGCAGAAUAAAGUUUGAUUUCAUGGCUUUCACCAUCAAUGGGCCGAUAGAAGGCACCGUUGUGUCUCUUGGAGCAGUAGUUUCAUCCAAUGCCGGUGCCAUUGGGGAUUGCACUCGAGACACGUUCUCCAUUACUGCUCCUGAAAACUUUUCUCCACCUGUGAUCUGCGGCUACAACACGGGCCAACACAUGAUCGUUGAUGCCAGUGAUGCUUGUCACACUGCCAAUUUUGUCAUGAGUGGAACGGGAACAAGAUCGUGGGACAUUAAAGUCACCCAAUACAAAUGUGGCGACGAAAUGGGAGGGGACAGUGGUUGCCUUCAAUGGUUCACUGGCGAAACGGGAACAUUUGCAAGCUUCAACUUUCCUACCACGACUGCUGCUUUGCCCCCUACAACCACCCACUUAUCCAACCAAUUGUAUUCCAUGUGUUGGCGACAGGAAGUGGGAACCUGCGGGAUUUGUUGGGAAGUUGUCAAUACUGGCCAAGACACGGAAUCCUUUGGAUUAAGCACUGGCAGGCUCAAAUUGCCCCAUGGCGAUACCGAUGGGCGUUGCAUUGAUGACUACCUUCUAAUCCCCGAUGCAGUCACUGAUGCCGCCAAUUCAGCUAUGGAUACAUUCACAAUUGGCUCCACUGCUACUGAUAUCCAUUUGUCUGACCGGGUUUGCGGACGGUUCUUCUCGUCAGCCAAGUCGAUUAAUGAUCGGAAGGCAUCGCUUCCAAUUUGCUCUCAAAGACGACCAUUUAGAAUGACUUUUGUUACGGAUGGGGAUGAGAUAGUAAUGCCUGUGAGUAAUCCCAUAAAAGCCGGUGAAGCCGAGACAACACGUUUCCCAGGAGGAAUUGUUGGUUUCCAUCUGAAAUGGACCCUUCAGCCUUGUUAAAGAGGAUUACACGACAGAUCCGCUUCCUAGGUUCAAUUCAUAAUCAUUCAUAUUGGUAUCCAACCCACUUCCAUGUUCUUGCUCAUUAUUGAAAUAUACUUUGUGUUUGUUACUAUGU